CAGUGGAGGAAACGUUGAAAGUGCUGCAGUCAAUGUGCAGUUAGACAGGGGACUGUGUGACCUUCCCCCACAAUGCAUCUGGAUCAUAACAGUUCCCAGCGCCUAAACUUGACUGUCGUGACAGGGGCAGUAAAGCUGGGGAAGAACUUAUUUUUUGUUAUUUUUUUAUUAUAAAUAUAUUUCUCCAAAGAUGGCCACUUUAAUUUCAUGCGGCCCUGGAUUUUUUGCGAAAACAUUGGGGCUCUUAAGUAGUCGAUCUCUUUCAAGGUUGGCUCCCUUGUGGACCUCUGUCUUUGAGACCUUCCCUCAGACCUGGUGUACCUGUGUGUGCCCAGCAGUGAGAGGGGUUUCUUUCAGCACAAGCUCAGGAGGACCUCCAAAAAGGCCACUGACUGGUUAUCUUCGAUAUGCAGUACAGCAACGGCCUGCAGUUGCAAAACAGUAUCCAGAUGUGAGGAUUGUGGAAAUAACUAAAAAGAUUGCACAAGAGUGGAGAUUGCUGUCACCUGAACAAAAAAAGCCAUAUCAGGAGGCUGCACUUGCAGCGAGGGAGGUAUAUAAAGAAGAGAUGACUAUAUUCAAAGAACAGCUAACGCUUGCCCAGGCAACAGCACUGAAAGAAGAGAAGAGGCAGAAAGUAGCCAGGAGAAGGGCAAUAAGGAAAAAGCGGGAGCUUACAAUGUUAGGCAAGCCCAAACGACCAAGGUCUGCAUUUAACAUCUUUAUGUCUGAACACUUUCAAGAAGCUACAGGAGAAUCAAUGCAGGCCAAGAUGAAGAACUUGCUCGAAGACUGGAGUAAACUGCAUACUUCACAAAAAGAGGUCUACAUGCAACUUGCAGAAGAUGAUAAAAUCCGGUAUAAAAAUGAAAUUAAAUCGUGGGAAGAACACAUGGUUGAGAUGGGACGUGAAGACCUCAUUCGCAACAGGAAGAAGAAGACGAAACCCAAGAAGUCAGUAAAAGCAAAAGGAAAUAAGACCAAGAUCAAAGUGGUUUCAGAAAGCGAAGGCACUGAAAUGCCUGCAAGCUCACCUGGUACUGGAAAGUCAAACAGCAGGGCUAAGAAGGCUGAGGAAUAAAAGUGAAGAGCAUGGAUUCUGUUGAUUUCAGUAUCCCUCCAGAUAUCUGCACCCUCCAGACACAUACUGUAUUUAAACCUUGUGUAUAUAUUGUUAGCACUUACUGUGCUGGGAGGAGUAAAUGAUCCUCAAGAAGCUGUGAAACAAGUUACUUGCUGAACCAGAAGGUCCCUUGCCUGUUGCAAAUCAUGCUUGUGUUCUUAAAAAAAGAAAUGAUAAAACAGUAUAAAAAAAAAAAAAAAACUAAUAGUGUUUUUUUAGUGAACAUGAGCAAAAAUAAAAUAAUGCA